CGGGUGAAGACGCCAUUUUAGCUUGGGACGAAGUUGUCUCCCCACUCCCGACAAGCAAAGGCUUUGUCUCAGAAGAUCGUCGUGGAUUACCUUUGUCGCACGAGGAUGCUGCCCACCUGAGGAAGUUGAUCUUGAAGAAGUUUGUGAGAGAGGUUGCUAGUGCUAGGAUGGAAGGAAAUAGAGCUGAAGAUGAUGACACAGCAGGUGAGUCUACUCUUACUGGACGAAUUACCGAACAAGAAGAACGCCUACAACGAAUAGAAGUUGAACAGUUCCAAACCCUUCUUUCGACUGCGUCUGUAUCAGACAUAGAUUAAGGGUAGGUUAAAGGUGCUUUUCUUACCGCUUUUUAUGCCUCUCCUAAGGGAGAACGGCAUAAAAAGCGGGGUAAGCGAGCACCAAAAACCUACCUCUAAAUAGAGAACCUCUAUCGGUUCCUCUACGAGCGUGGAGCGCCGUCCCGACAAUUGCCUCCAGGCUUGAUUCAGGGUUUUCUCCCUAGCCAAUGCGGCAAUCCAGACUGGGGCUCGCGUGAAGGAACUGCGCAUGAAUUUGGUUCCAGGCAAUACGAAUUUCUGUUUCCGCGGAACAAAGAAGUUGCGCUCUCAUCACCUGACGUGGAACUACUACACAAUGACGACGUUUUCCACCGUCUCAAUGCUCAGAGAAUCGAUGCUUUGAUUGGACACCAACGACCCUGUUUAUUGGAGCGGUUUUUGCAGUCUAGGAUGUUUGAAGACCACAAAUGCGUGUUGUUACAUCAAGUCUUCCACUUUGUGGAUUGGACAGUGGAGGACAACUCGUUUCGGCAGACUUUCUUCAUGCUGUUAUGGACAAACGUCGUGGAGAAGAAUAUUUUGAGACCGCAUUUGGGAGCUCUGUAUAGAGGAGUGGUUGCGACGGGUAGGACUGCGAAGGACAUCAAGGAUGAAGAUGAGACAAAUUUAGCUGCUGGUGAAACAAGAGCUUCAACAUCCGUGAUUGGAAGCCUUGGCAGCUUUGAGACUACUGCUGCGCCGGAAACGGAGGAAUCUUCAGAAAUUACUAGGGCAAUGCCUUCUUCUGUCACCUUACUGCGUCGACUUCUAGACUUCGUCAUUCACAAAGGCGUGAUCGCCGUGCAUUUCCGCGGUGCAUGGGGUUUUCAGGGUGUGGGACUGCAGAUACUGGAACAGGUGAAAGCGACCCAGAUUCGGACUGUCUAUAUAGCCACGGAUAACACACGCUUUGCGCACUUUAGACAGUUGGUAGACAUGUUGCGGAACGAGUACCAGCUGACAGUGAUGUCAUCGGAGAUAUCGGACGAGAUAAACAAACUGGAAAAGCAGGAAGCUGCGCACCAGCGGAAUGUUAGAAAGGACGAUAAUAUUGAGACCAACGGUGAAAAGUCUAAGAACUCCUACGUUGACCAGAACAAGGUAGUGCCGCAGUUUGAUAAUUCCGAUUUCUCAAGAUCUGAUGGUGAGGCGUCACUUGGUACUGGUGCGAUGAAAGUUUCAGAAGCCGCUGCGGAUCUAUUUGUUGCCGAUGAGAAGCCACAACGAACGACCGAUGCAGCAAAGCCUGAAUCUACAACUACGGUGGUCGAUGAGGAGGCCGAGUUUUUCGGUGAUACAGCGAGGCGCGAGAUCGCAGCUGAGGACCAAGUUUUCAAUACCGCUAUCCCAUGGCAAAAGCACCAUUUAGAAGCUUCAAGAGGGAAACUCCCCAAUCUGGCACUCUACAUCGACCUGUGUGUCUGCUCGCUCGCACGUGUCUUCGUUGGGCAACCGCUGUCUUCAUUGUCGGAGCUGAUUGUGAACUUUCGUGCGGUACUGCGGAAAACCUAUGGAAACCACCCUGAAGGUGCGAAGUUUGAAGCAAGCAUUGUAGAAGAUGAGUUGCAUCCGAUGAGGAGUCAGAAGUGGCGGGAUUUUCUUAAACAACGAUUUGAACUGAAAAAUCGUGGUAGUGGAAAGAUAAACCACGAUAUCUUGGUGGCGUUGUAUGAGAAAGUGUUUUCCUUCGCUUCGGGAGGACACCUCCUUCGUCAAGAUAAGGACUCUUCUACCGAAGCUGCAAGCACCCUUACAGCCUCCCGUGGUGAACUCUUUCUUCGUGCUGCACCAGAGAUUCUGCCUGCCAAAGAGAUUUACCCACUUAAUUUCUAUUCCGCCGACGAAAUGGUUUCCGGGAAAUGGUUACGGAAUUUGAUACAGGCUUUACAGAUUGCAGGAGCGACUACGACUUCUGGUACAGAGCAAAAGGAAAGUGAAGGUUCUGACGACGACGAUCCAACUCUAGUUUUCCGCGACCCACCACCAUGUGAAAUCCGAGACCCGAUACCAAGAAAGUUUGACAUGAGACUGGCCAAUUUUUGGACCAUACAGAACGCGCAAACUGGAGAACAAUAUAAGAGGGAAAAAGUGCGGAUUAUUCCGUUACUGCAAUCGCCUAGACUGAAUGUUACCGAGGAUGGAGAUUUGACGUCGAUGAAUCAGAUGCAGCUUCGAGAUGAGCACCUCCAAGACGAGGCUCCCUUAGAUCCCUAUUCCUUUGAUCUCGCAAGAGAUUGGUCUGGAGCGACGGUUUUUGCGGCGACCUUUUUUGUCGACCUGGGCAGGCGAAAAUGCCACUCUAUUGGACUCAUGAAACGGUUGCGAUUCGUCCUACUUUUUUUACUAUUGGGGAAUUACCUGAGAGAAGAAUGCGUGCGAGAACUAGGGAUAUUCGGGUACUUGACGUAUUUGGAGAUUUACAACCAAGGUUUAGGAGUGUGGCGAUUUUUGCGAAAAUUCGUGGUCUCUCCUUCGCCAAGAAUACAACUCGAAUGGGUAUCUUUGUUGAACUUGUUACGAAUGUUUUUGCGAACGACAAGGUGCCGAGGCCAAUAUUUGAAGACAUUCUCUAAUCGCGCUUCAGAGGAUGACGACUACUUGCAUGCUUUUUAUCGACCAGAGGCGCCGUUCUUCAAAAAGAGUCCGAUACUUAAGGCUCAAUAUAUUUUUGUUAGGUUUAAUCUUUCCCUGGUGCUUAUGUGGCUCUCAUCUGGUCUUGCUUACUUCAGCUCUUCUAGCGUGGUACCUUCUCUUGAGGUUUUACUUAACUACAAUUACCAAUACUAACGGUUGUUCCUUCAUUUCUACAAGUCAUUUCUCCCUAUUUCCUUAUGUAGGCAAGAAAUGAACUAUGUUUUGAGCUCUAAAAUACGGCAAAAGCUGUUGCUGGAGGAACAUGUUCAGCGGGAGCAUCUAGAUGGGAGGGCGAUAUACUUGGCGCCGGGUGUGGAUCUUAGGCGAAAAAGGCUUGGAGGAAAGCCAGAAGGCGCUGCGUCGUCGGAACAAGUUGUGGAGUGUUUACCACGCGACGCAGCUUCCGGUGUCACGCCUAGUACCAGACAUCACAACAUCAAUGUCCCUUCUUACUUUCACGGUCCUACGCCUCUAGAUUUGCAGGUAUUUUUUCCAGGUGGAGGGGUCGUCCCUGAUCCUCUGCGUCGACAACAGCAUUGGGCACUAGGUGAGCACGACCCGUCCUGGGGUCCGGUGAAUGGCGUUCGGGACAUGUUCGGGGGACCGGUGAGGGAUUUUCGACCAGGUGAGUUCUGUUCAUCCGAGAAUCACGGUCGUGAGGGUGAGGAGUACAAACACCUUACGAUAAUACGAGAGAAGGCAGAGAGGGAAGCACUCGAUAAAGUAUCUGAAAGCACUAGUACGAGGACGACGACGAGUAGCAAGGAAGCCGUGGAUUACCUCCAAAACAUGCUAGAAACGCUUCAGGCUUGUGGUGUUGUACGGAGUUUCGGGAGCAGUGCUGGUUCAAAAACUACUUCGAGACAACUAGACUAUUUCGAAGUGGAUCUAGAUUUCUUACGUGUCCAACGACUCUUUGGCGUCAUCAUCGAUGAAGAUGAGACCGUCGUUGCUCCUGAGGGCGACGGGGACCAGGAUGAAAGUCUUCAGAUCAGUACGAUGAGGAUAAAACGACUGUUCGACCUCCAAAAAGAACAGCAGAGAGGAGCGUCAACUCUUGCCAAUUGGUGCCGGCAAACGGUUCAUCAUGUGGUAGAUGAGCGCUUAUUCGGCCUACACUUCUCAGACUCAUCGGAGCAACAAGAGCAAGGAAAGAAUACUCCAACUCCUCCUACUGCUGCUACUGGCUACAGCUAUAAAGUUGCUAGUGUCUCAAGAAGAGGAACGUCAACUGGAGCUGUCGAAGUCGACUCUCUGAAGCAACUGCGUGUCCGUACUGUACAGGUGCCGUCGCUCACGCCGCAGCAAAGCAGAGAAAAGGGUCGACCUCUCUUAUGUCAGCAACAUGUGAAUGUCGUGUGCUUAUAGUACUUAGAAGUUUUACUGUUUUGUGUUUCAUCAUUAUUGAAACAGAGAAGAGACAGGAAAACCUGCACUGGAACGGUCGAAAGACCACUAACAAUCCAGCAACAGGCUAGAUUAGCGGGUAGAAGUCGCCGGGGAAAUCUUAGGCAGAUCGCCGAGUAGAUAAACACCACCAGGAAAAUCCGCGCCAUACGGCCGGAAGUCUGACACUACCCCACUACACACGCAUAGCUCUAACUCCCGACGCCCUUGAUGUCGCGCUAGCCCAUGCUUUACAAAUGCUUACCUUGGCUUGCUUCCAACAUCCGUUGAUACAACUUAAUGCUGAAGGCUACGUGCGCUUCUUGGAGCUCUGGAACGAGAACAGUUUUACCCAGCAUGGCGCAACGACGGCGCGUAGUAUCGAGUGUCCUGCUGAAAACGCAUGAUUUUGAACAAAUUGUUGUAUUUUUACUAUCUAUAAUCACUGACAUAUUGAAUUUGAAAUGAGUAGCCCCUGUGAAGCAUUAACUGAUGAUUGACUCAAUUAUAGCUUUGUGGUGAAAUCGAAAACACAAAAAAUACGACUCCCAAAAUAAUCUCAUACUUCCAUGACUGAACUGGAUGAACUACAACGGUACUAGCUUUUCGAGACGACCCAUUUGAGUCUGAAUCUUGCAGAGAUUACUGUCGUGGAAAACGUGACUUACAACUCUAGUUGAAACUCUUUGAAC